AUGAUCACCGGAGAGAGUCGAUUUCUUUGGUUGUAUCGAGCUCCAUUUAUCAUCACUGAUGAUCUGAAGGUGGCAUUGAAUUCUAUGGGUCUUGUUCUUAACGUCCUCAAUGACCUUGGCUAUGCUGGUUUUGACAAGCUGCAAGAAAUGGUCAUUGAUGUUGGUUUUGAAGAGGUGCUAACUUUGUUAGGGUGUAUGUUUACUUCAGAGUCUCCCUUGACAGACACAUUCCUGAGGAAAAAUUGUAUGUCCAAGAAGCAUAAAAUGUUCACACCACUCGUGCAAGAAAUGAAAGUUGCAGGAAAUGCAGAUGAGCUCAUAUCUUUGAAAGUUUACGUUAGAAAGACAGACAGGUUGAUUCUUUAUGCUGAGUGCAGAGAAGAUUUUGUUGAUUUUCUUUUCACUUUUCUUGCCAUCCCGCUUGAGUUUGCUUGGGAGUUUUCUGUUGACAGUAUGAAUAUGGGCUGCGUUGGUAAUCUCUGCAGAAGCGUGAAAGAUUUGUGCUUUGAGAAGCAGAAAGAAGCCACUGAUUCUUGUCUCUCAACAAGAGUAGCUGUCCUGUGUCAGGUGCCAAAAGGGUGUUCUCUUAUGCCAUUAACGAGUCUAACAAAUGGGUAUUCUCUCCUGGAUCCACUACUGCUACUGCUGAUGCUGGUUCCGGUUAUGGUCCUGGUAGCUCUGUCGUGAAAGAUGGUAAGUCGACAACCUUCUGUGCCGAUUAAGGAGAAGAAGAGCUCUGCAACAGCUCCAGCUUCAAUAACAAGAACCUUGCUUGCAUGUGAAAGUAAGUAUGGAAGGUGCUCCUUACUUGAGAAAAAUCGAUCUCAAGACUUACAAGAGCUACCUUGAGCUCUCUUCAGCUCUUGAGAAGAUGUUUAGCUGCUUCACCAUCGGUCAGUUUGGGUCUCAUGGAGGGUGUGGGAGAGAUGGGUUAAACGAGACUCUCGCUUGACUGAUCUCUUGCGUGGUUCUGGGAAGUGUUUAUAUGCUCGUGUAAGAACCAAAAAAUCAUGAAGAGCUCGGAAUCUAUCGGUUUAGGUAGGUCUCCGAUUCUGGGACCCUGUGUUUGUAAGCGUUUAUUAGUUCGCUCCAAGGUAAAACAACGAUGAUGAAGCUAAGAGUUUUGAAGAUCUUUUUAGUUUAUGUUUGGUCACAGAAUGGCUUUGUGUUUCUUUUAGGUGUUGUGUUAAGUAGUUCUUUGGUUUAAGCUUGUAUCAGAUUUUGUAAUACAUUUGAUCAUAUAAUUCUUUCCGUUAUAGAAUUUGUGUUUAUCA